AUGUGGCUGAAGCCCGAGGAGGUGCUGCUGAAGAGCGCCCUCAAGCUGUGGGUGCUGGAGCGCUCCAACCGCUACUUCGUGCUGCAGCGGAGGCGAGGCUACGGGGAGGACGGCGGGGGGGGGAUAACAGGCCUUCUCAUGGGGACACUAGAUGCAGUCUUGGACUCUACAUCAAAAGUGGCUCCAUUUCGGAUCCUGCAUCAAACACCGGAUUCUCAAGUCUACUGGUCCAUUGCAUGUGGAGCCAGCAGAGAAGAAAUAACGGAACACUGGGACUGGUUGGAACACAAUGUUAUGAAGACCUUAUCUGUAUUUGAUUCAAAUGAAGAUGUUACUAGCUUUGUACAGGGAAAGAUAAGAGGAUUGAUUGCUGAAGAAGGGAAAGGUUCUUUCAUAAAAGAAGAAGAUCCUGAGAAGUUUCGUGAAGCUAUUCUGAAGUUUGAGAAGUGCUUUGGAUUAGCAGAGCAGGAGAAGUUGGUGACCUAUUACUCCUGCAGCUACUGGAGGGGGCGAAUGCCCUGUCAGGGAUGGCUUUAUCUUAGUACCAACUUUCUUAGCUUUUACUCAUUUUUGCUGGGAGCAGAAAUAAAACUCGUUAUCUCCUGGGAUGAAAUCUCAAAACUUGAAAAGACCUCCAAUGUGAUCCUGACAGAGAGUAUUCAUGUGUGCUCCCGUGGGGAGGAUCACUACUUUUCCAUGUUUUUGCACAUUAAUGAAACGUUCCUUCUUAUGGAGCAGCUGGCAAACUACGCCGUAAGGAGACUUUUUGACAAGGAGACAUUUGAAAGUGACCUAGUCCUCCGUGAUCCUCUUCAAAUCACCAAGAGAGGCCUGGAGAACCGAGCCCACAGUGAGCAGUUUAGUGCAUUCUUCAGGCUACCCAAAGAAGAGACCCUGAAGGAAGUGCAUGAAUGCUUCUUAUGGGUACCUUUCUGCCACUUCAACACGUUGGGAAAAAUGUGCAUUUCAGAGAACUACAUCUGCUUUGCUAGCCAGGAUGGAAGUCUCUGCAGCAUAAUCAUUCCCCUAAGAGAGGUCAUAGCAGUGGAGAAGGCUGAUCCAGCUAACAAAGGAGUCAAUAUUAGUACCAAAGGAAAAAGAGCUUUUCGUUUCACAGAGGUUAAGGAUUUUGAACACCUGGUAGCAAAGCUCGGGAUCAGAAGUGGAACAACUUCAAGUCCACAUCACAUUGCAAGUACGGAGGUUGCCACUACUUCUGACUCUGACACUCUGGAGGAUUAUUAUGAAGGACGGUUAAUGGCAGGUCAGAAAGGCAGCAGCAAGACUGUUAGCACAGAAGCUCUAAUGACUGUAUUCCACCCUCAGGAUGCUGAUAAUCUUGACUCUAAAAUGUUGAAAGAAAAAAUGAAAGAGCAGUCCUGGAAUAUCCUCUUUGUAGAAUGUGGACGUGGCGUUAGCAUGUUUCGGACAAAGAAGACUCGAGAUCUAGUUUUAAGAGGGAUCCCAGAGACCUUACGAGGAGAGCUCUGGCUGCUCUUCUCAGGUGCCGUUAAUGACAUGGCUACAAACCCCGGCUAUUACACUGAACUGGUGGAAAAGUCCCUAGGAACAUGCACUUUGGCUACUGAUGAAAUUGAACGAGAUUUGCGUCGCUCCCUACCUGAGCAUCCAGCCUUUCAAAGCGACACUGGUAUUUCCGCACUCAGGAGAGUUCUUACAGCCUAUGCGUACAGGAAUCCCAAGAUUGGAUACUGUCAGGCAAUGAAUAUUUUGACAUCCGUGCUGCUACUUUACGCUAAAGAAGAAGAAGCUUUCUGGCUAUUGGUUGCUGUGUGUGAAAGAAUGUUACCUGAUUAUUUCAAUCGUCGAAUCAUUGGGGCCUUGGUGGAUCAAGCAGUGUUUGAGGAACUCAUCAGGGAUCACUUGUCUCAGCUGACGGACCACAUGACAGACAUGACGUUCUUCUCGUCCGUCUCUCUCUCCUGGUUUCUUACCCUCUUUAUCAGCGUGCUGCCCAUUGAAAGUGCAGUCAGUGUGGUAGACUGUUUCUUCUACGAUGGGAUAAAGGCAAUCUUGCAGCUGGGUCUGGCGGUACUGGACUACAACAUGGACAAGCUGCUGACCUGUAAGGAUGAUGCAGAGGCAGUGACUGUUCUAAACAGAUUUUUCGACAGCGUCACUAACAAGGACAGUCCGUUGCCUCAAGCUGUGCAGCAGGCUUCAAACCUGAACGAUACAAAGAGUUACCACCCAAAAGUGGACAUAACCGACCUGAUCAGAGAGUCAAACGAAAAAUAUGGUGAUAUUCGAUACGAGGAUGUCGAGAGCAUGCGCUGCAGGAACAGGCUGUAUGUGAUCCAGACCCUAGAAGUUACUACAAAACAGAAUGUGCUGCGUGUUGUGUCCCAGGAUGUAAAAUUCAGUCCUAGUGACCUGGAAGAGCUUUAUGAAUUAUUCAAGAAGGAGCAUUUUCUGUCCUGUUACUGGAGUGCAAAUAGCCCUGUCCUGAGACACCAUGACCCCAGUCUGCCAUAUCUGGACCAGUAUCUGAUCGACUGCCAGCAGUUCAGGGUCCUCUAUCACCUCUUGAGUCCAUGGGCACAUUGUGCAAACAGGGACUCUCUUGCACUGUGGACAUUCAGAUUGCUGGACGAAAACUCCGAUUGCCUUAUAAACUUCAAAGAAUUUGCCUGUGCACUUGAUGUCAUGUAUAAUGGGAGUUUCACUGACAAACUGAAGCUGCUUUUUAAGCUGCACAUCCCUCCAGCUUUUACUGAAGUGGAAUCUCUAAGCCCUUCCAAAGGUGAUGAUCUUUCAAAAGAAGAGCUGAUUCAUUUCAGUCAACUCCAUGUUUCCUCUCCUGUGGAUAGUCAGGAAGCUGAUGCUUUGAAGAGAAGCCCAGAAAAAGGUAAAGAGAAGAUUGAUAUUCAGGCCUAUCUGAAGCAAUGGCAAGAUGAACUUCUUAAAAAAGAAGAAAAUAUUAAGGAUUUGCCUAGAAUGAACCAGUUCCAGUUCAUCCAGUUCUCAAAGACUUUAUACAACCUGUUCCACGGGGACCCUGAAGAGGAGUUGUUAUAUUGGGCUAUAGCGACUGUCACCAGCCUCUUGCUGAAGAUGGAAGAAGUUGGGAGAAGACUACAAAGCCCCACUUCACCAGCCAAAAGCCCAGCUUCUGCAGGAGAAUCCAGCACGGACAGCCAGAACGCUCCGAAGAAAGACAGUGCACCCCAACAGACUGAGCGCAGGAAUGUACAAAGCCCUCGCAGAGACGACCAUGAAUGGUCUUUUGCCUUUGAGCAGAUCCUGGCAUCCUUGUUAAAUGAACCAGCUUUGGUGAGAUUUUUUGAGAAACCUCUAGACAUAAAAGCCAAGGUAGAAAAUGCUAAAACUUCACAAUUAAAAGCGAGAACCAGAGUAUAG